GAUAACGGAACCCUCAAGCCAGUGUCACAUCUAAAUGUCGUCGACAAUGUUGCUGUUGGUUUGUGUCCUAGUUGCCACCGUCACUGCUGACGUGACGCACACCACCCUCAAGUCCGGUCAAUGCCUCUGUGUCCACGGGGGAGGGGUCAACGCCAGAGACCACCCGGGGACGUCAGGGACGACUGUGAAGGCGACACUAAACACAGGGGAGUGUUACAAGUUCUACGGUGGGGAGCUCACGUUGGGAGCUUACAAGUGGUUCGAGAUAACUGUCAGCGGACAGCGACUCUGGGUAGCUGGAGUAUACUUAAACGUCGGCACCACUGCGCAGUGUGCCUCCACUGGCACUGGCUCGGGAUCGUGUGGAGACACUCAAGUCAAGGCAUGGUCUUGUGAGCUGCUUCAACUCCACAACUCCGGCAAGAUUGAGCUGUGGAAAGUUCACCCCUCUGGUGUCCAUGACAACGCUUUCUCCUACAACAACAUCCGGGACACCUGCAACGGCCAUGCUGCAAGCAGAUCUCAUUACACCUGCAAUGGCUGCUUAGCUCCCGGUGGCACCAUUUGCCUCAACCACGACCUCGUCCACUACCUCAUCACGCUGGCAAGGAAGGGUUACAUGCAUGUCAACGAGAUAGCUGGUGCCUGUCACACAUGUAACUCCCGCCACUACAGAGGUCAAGCUGUUGAUCUUCACAACGGGUCAAGGUCGAAGGAAUUCCUGGAUCUUUGCUUUUCUAUGAAGGGAUGGGGACAAAAUGAAGGGGACCAUAUCCAUUGCCAAUUUGGAUACUGAUUAUAUCAUAACUGUAUGUUUUAAUAUAUGAACUGUACUAUUAUGUAUUAGUAGCACCCAGCCA